AUGGAGGUUGGUUUAAAUACAACAGCACCUAGCUCAAGUUCGAAUGCUGGUAAUCAACGUUUAAAAGUUGAAGAUGCAUUGUCAUAUCUUGAUCAAGUUAAGCUUAAAUUUAAUGAUCAACCACAAGUAUACAAUGAUUUCCUUGAUAUUAUGAAAGAAUUUAAAUCACAAAGUAUUGAUACACCUAGUGUUAUAACAAGAGUUAGUUAUUUGUUUAAAAGCCAUCCAGAAUUAAUUGAUGGUUUUAAUCCAUUUUUACCACCAGAUUAUAAAAUUGAAGUACAUUCUGAUGAACAAGGUCAUGCUCAUCAAGUAUCAAUAAAUAUAUUAUUAAAUGAACAACCAUCACAUACAUCAUUAUUAUCACAUGGUACAGUUGAUGUUGGUUCACCACCAAAUCAACAACCAAAAGUACCAUCUGUUAUUCGAAUAAUGUCAAGUGAUGGUAAUAUACGUUAUGUAAGGGCAAAUAGUAUACCAAGCCUUAAUGAAAAUAAUACGAAUAUUAAUUCAUCAUCAACUGAGCCAUUACCGUCAUUUAAUAAUUCACAUGUUACAUCAGCUCAAGCACAAGCAGCUGUUAAUCAAUCUCUGAAUCAAGCACAAGCUGAUACAUCACUAAAUGAACCAGUUGAAUUUAAUCAUGCUAUUAAUUAUGUUAGUAAAAUUAAAUAUAGAUUUCGAGGACAACCAGAUAAGUAUAAAAGAUUCCUAGAAAUUCUCUAUACAUAUCAAAAAGAACAAAGAUCUGUUAAAGAUGUUGCUGGUGCCAGUAUGAGUUGUGGAGUUGGUGGUAUUCCUACAGCUGCUAAUGCAUCUGGCUCAAAAUUAACUGAGGCUGAAGUAUAUGCACAAGUUGCUGAACUUUUUGAAAAUCAAGAAGAUCUUCUUGCUGAAUUUGGACAAUUUUUACCUGAGGCAACAAAUAGCUCAAAUAGCCUGUCUGCUAUGUUUCAGAGUAACAAAGUGCCAGCGAGUGAUCACGCAGGCAGUUGCUAAACUUUUUGAAAAUCAUGAUGAUUUCUACCUGAUUCUGGUUUUAAUUUAUUUUUUC